UCAUCAGUUCCAUUCUUUCAGAUUAUCCAAACACUACACCUCGUAGUCCAACCAAAACCAAUCAAAAUGUUAAAAAUUGUGUGCCUAUUCGCCAUCAUUGCCGUCGCUUCGGUUUCGGCUGAGCCAAAGCCUGGAGUCCUGGCCUACAGUGCCCCGCUAGUGGCCGCUCCAGCUGCGUAUGCUGCGGCACCUGCUGCGUAUGUUGCCGAAGGUGGCGCCGUCUACGAGAGGACCUACCACGGAAAUAUUGCCCCAGUUGCCGCCUACGCCUCGGCUCCUUAUGUGGCCGCCUCUCCAUUCGCAUACUCGGCUCCAUACGUGGCCGCUGCUCCAGCCCCUGUUCUGUUCAAGUAA